AUGGCGGCAGCAGAUGUUAUAAAGGAAGACAGUAAUCUUCAGAGCAUUAUUGUGCACUUACAGCGUGUUCUUUUGUCAGAUAAUGUUCUUGCUACGCACUCAAACGAGCCUAGGUCCCAAGUCUCUUCUACUACCUCGGAUGACUAUUUAGAUCAGCUUGCUCCUAUUGUCAGAGAUGCACUUUCGUUAAAUCAAACGGAAGAACUAAGAAGUAGCUUAGACACUAUCACUAAAUCUAAAGAUCAAGAAAUUGAAAUAUUGUGCAACGGUAAUCAAAAUAAAAAUGACUAUCUCGAAUCAAAAUCAAUUAGAGUCAAUGUGGAUAUGGCCGUUGAGGCGGUAACUGCUUGCCUGCAGGUUCUUGAUAUCACCAACAAGGUAUAUGAACUAAUACGAGAUGGCCAGCGGUUUGCCGCCUUAAAAAGCAUGGAUGAUCUUCAAAAUAUUCAUUUAAAAGAAGUUCAAGACUUUGGUUUCGCGCAACUUAUCAAUAAAAAUGUCCCAGCUUUGACACAAGUUGUACGAUCAGACUCUUUGGCAGAUCUUGACGCUUGGAUACAGAAUAUUGGAGAACUGAGUAAAAACAUAGGAUAUGCUGCCUUUGAACACGUGGGUUUAUUGCGAGAAAACUGGAGGAAAAUCCAAAAUAAAAAACAAGAGUUACGGAAAUAUAAGUUUAAUUCUCCUGUUGAGUUAUCAUAUCGAGAAUCAAAUUUUAAUUAUCUCAAUAACUCCAAAGUAAAGGAAACACUAUCAUCUUUAUAUGAAUGUUCCUUAAUUCAUACCAGCUUAGGGCUUUCGAUUAGUUUUCAUGAGCAUUUCGAUAUUCAAAUCAAACCAAAAAAAGAAGAGAUCGUUCCGGUAACUCUCCCUUUUGAUGUCAGUAGUGUGGAAUCAAUGAAAACUACUCUUCAAAAGCUGCAAGAUAUUUUCGCUUCUGCGGCUGGUUUUGAAAUAAUUGACAAGACAAUUUCUCGACAGAUUAAGGGUUUGCGAAAAAGCGAGGCAGUAGAUGAGUUUUGGAUUCAAAACUCCCAAAAGCUCAUAUCUAAAUUCAAAAAAUCAUUAGAGGGAGUUUCUGAUAAGGAAUUUCUUGCUGAUUUGCGAUCUUAUUUAAUCCUAUUCACUCAUACAGUGGAAAUAUUCAAUUUUGAUGUUUCAAGCUUAUAUUCUUUUAUCAUUGACUUAUUCAAGCAUUUUAUUUUGCUAUCCAAGGCGGAAUUUGUGAAAAACUUUACCAAUAACUUGGAUAAUGACGACUACAUGCCCAUGAUGGCCAACUCAUUUACAGAAUAUAAUGAUAUUUCUAAAAGAAUUUGGUGCAAGAAUCCUAUUAUUGAAGGCGAACUGGUAGUUUUUCCCCGGAUGCUUUACUUUUCACCGAUAUAUCUCGUUUUUUGUACUGGGAUGCAAAAAUUCAUUGAUGGCAUAGAAAAUUUUAUGAGCGAUUUAAAUGUGGAUCCUUGUCUUAUUGAAGAUUUGAUUCAGGAAAUAAUAGAUUUGGUGCUUGUUGAUAAUGUUUGUGCAGCGUUUAAAGAAAGACUUUCUUCUACCACAAGAGAAAAAAUCGUUCAAAUUUUACUUAAUUUGGAACAUUUUGAGUAUGCUUCCACUGAAAUAGAAAAAGAGCUUGAAGCUCAUAAGACAUCUGGAAGAAGUACACCUAUAAUUUUGAAAAGCACCGAUGCUUUUAAAGAAGCUCGAAAACUUGCUGAGGCUCGUAUUUUUGAACUUGUCAAUGCAAUUGUUGAUGACUUUUUGGAUAUAGCCGAUUAUGACUGGCUCACCAAUCAACGACACACGGAACCAAGUUCUUAUCUUACGGAAAUGAUAAACUUCUUAAAAACAAUGGUUAAUUCGACGUUGGUCAACCUCCCUCAUAACGUCAAAAGUUUUUUAUACCUAGAUGCAUUUGACCAUUUGGCCGCUUCACUUUUAAAGUUUUUAAUUGAAGCUAGUGAUAGCUUGACACCUGCUGCAGUAUCAAAUUUUGAUAUGGAUGUUAGAUAUCUUGAAAAAUUUGUUGACGAUAUGGCCAAAGAUUCAAAUGAAAUGAGCUUGACUACAACUUUUACUGAACUUCGCCAAAGCAUUGAUCUUCUUAGAGCAGAGGAUAUGAGCGAAUACAAUAAUACUAUGACUCGCAUGAAAAAAUAUGACAGAGUUAAGCCAGAAAAUGCACAGGCCUUAUUCUACAAAGCAGCAAAUGCUGUAAGACAGCAACACCCUCCUAACUCUGCUAAUCAUUCUCCUGCAAAUUCCAUCAAUGCUUCAACAGGUUUCAGUUUGAAACAAUAUUAUAAAACUGGAGUCGACAAAUUCAAAAAAUAG